CACUGUGGUAGCCGUCAUGGAAUUGUUCGCUAGCAGCUUCAGGCAAUCAGAAUCUCAGGUGUUAAAAACGAUUGCAGAAAGAAUGGUGUUUGUCCCUACUUCCAAGGAAGGAAUUGGUCAAGCUCUCAAUGAAUUUUCGGUACAUAUGCGUGAGCGGUUAUUUAUGGAAGUGAUCAUCGAAGACUACUACACCAACAGAGAUGGGUCGACCAACCUCUAUGUAACACAGGAGAGUCUCUUGGCAGAUUUUUCAGCCUUUGUAUUGAUCCGGGAUGCUCCCUUUAAGAAUAAGAUCGACAAGUGCAUGAUGGCCUUUCACACGGGUGGCUUAAUAGAUAAGUGGAAGGACAUGGUAAUGGACGUUGUUCGAAGGGAAGGAAGACAAAGGAGGAGACUACUCGGAAAUGUGGAUGACGAGGACUCUGCUAACGUGAAGAUCAAGCCCCUCUCUAUGGUGCACAUGCAAGGCCCAUUCCUCCUCUACGUUCUAUGUGCCAUUGUUUCGACCGCCGCCUUUCUCGGAGAAGUUACCCAGGGUCCUUUCCUUAGAAAGAAAAGAUACGGCUCUGAGUGAUUUUCUGUACUCCCCAUUAUUAAGUAACACGGAUUAAUGCCAGUGUUUGAAACUGUUCCUAAUAUCUAUUUACUUUUAAAAUCACUAAUAUAAUUAAAGAUGGCGUGAAUGAUGAAAAUACAAUUCAAGCCUAUAUUUUAUUAUAUUAAAACUGUUUACCAUUAAAAUCAACUCCACUGCCGUAAAAUGAGUAAAAAAUCUGCAUUUAUUUAUUUUUCGCCUCACGCUCGUGGUUACUGUAUAUGCAAAAUAUUUUAAAUUUGUUCAGUUACUUUAUUAAUUUAUAUCGAAUAGUUUUUUUGUAUAAUGAAAAGUAGCAGGAAUCCCAUGCACUUUUAUUUCUGACCGGAUUCAUGCAAGUGAGACUGACGAGGUGUGGGAGUGUCAUUCAGUCGUCAGUAGCUCGAUCGAGACUCGAGUCGAGACGUGCUUCUAGAGCUUCGUCUUUACGAUACCGCCACGGUGUGAUCGAGACGGUAUUCGAAGCCGAUGGUUAGUUGGAGAGAUUAGUGGUUAGUGAGGCAG